GGGAGGUCGGGGAGGGAGGGCCCGCAGGUGAGGCGGUCACCCGGCUCGCACUUCCGCCCAGGUGAGGGAGGGCCGACGCCGCGCCCGCCUGCUCGUGGGCCCGCUCGGAUCCCACCCGCGUCCCCGCCGGACCAGGUUUCUUUAAAGUGGAUGAAGACAAUAAUUCAAAAUGCCUGAAAAUCCUGCUACAGAUAAACUGCAGGUCCUGCAAGUUCUUGAUCGCCUGAAAGUGAAAUUGCAGGAGAAGGGUGACACAUCGCAGAAUGAGAAGCUAUCCAUGUUUUAUGAGACACUGAAAAGUCCUCUCUUCAACCAGAUACUCACACUUCAGCAGUCCAUCAAGCAACUCAAGGGACAACUGAGUCAUAUACCUUCAGAUUGUUCAGCCAACUUUGAUUUUUCUAGGAAAGGUUUAUUAGUGUUCACAGAUGGCGCUAUUACUAAUGGGAAUGUCCAGCGGUCCUCUAAUAACUUGACUGUAUCGGGGUUAUUUCCUUGGACCCCUAAGUUGGGAAAUGAAGACUUUAACUCAAUCAUUCAACAGAUGGCACAGGGCCGGCAAAUUGAAUAUAUUGAUAUAGAACGUCCUUCAACUGGAGGCCUUGGAUUCAGCGUGGUGGCCCUUAGAAGUCAAAAUUUGGGAGAAGUUGAUAUCUUCGUGAAGGAAAUACAGCCAGGAAGCAUAGCGGACAGGGAUCAAAGGCUAAAGGAAAAUGAUCAAAUAUUGGCUAUUAAUCAUACUCCACUGGAUCAGAACAUUUCCCAUCAGCAAGCAAUUGCAUUGUUACAACAAACCACUGGAUGUUUGAGUCUGGUUGUGGCCAGGCAACCAGUCUACACAAAAAGCAGUACCAGCCUAACUGAUACAAUUCUGCCAGAAACAAUUCGUUGGGGCCAUAUCGAAGAUGUUGAGCUCAUUAAUGAUGGCUCUGGGUUAGGUUUUGGAAUAGUUGGAGGGAAAUCAAGUGGUGUGGUUGUGAGGACUAUAGUUCCCGGAGGAUUAGCAGACCGGGAUGGAAGACUCCAGACAGGAGACCACAUCUUGAAGAUUGGUGGCACAAAUGUGCAGGGAAUGACCAGUGAGCAAGUUGCACAAGUGCUGAGGAAUUGUGGGAAUUCAGUCAGGAUGCUAGUUGCAAGAGACCCAAUUGGUGAAAUUUCUGUAACCCCUCCGACCCCUAAAGCCUUACCUGUUGCCCUGCCUGCUGUGCCUAACAGGAGCCCUAGUUCUGACAAUUCUCUUUAUGAAACCUACAAUGUUGAGCUCAUUAAAAAAGAUGGACAGAGUCUUGGGAUUAGAAUUGUUGGCUAUGUUGGAAGUGCUCAUACUGGGGAAGCUUCCGGGAUUUAUGUGAAAAGUGUAAUACCUGGCAGUGCUGCGUACCACAAUGGACAAAUUCAAGUGAAUGACAAAAUAAUUGCUGUUGAUGGUGUGAAUAUUCAGGGUUUUGCCAACCAGGAUGUUGUUGAAGUAUUACGUAACGCGGGGCAAGUGGUACACCUAACCCUGGUUCGAAGGAAGACAUCCUCACCAGCUUCGCCACUUGUUGAACAGCCUCCACUGGUUGAACAGCCUUCAGACACAGGAACUGUUGUCGAACCAUCAAAACCACCAGCCUUCUCUCUAGCUGGAGCAGUGGACACAGAAACUAAUUUGGAUGUUGAAGAUGAGGAAACUGAAGAAAGAAUGGAUAAUCUAAAAAAUGACAACAUACAAGCCUUAGAAAAACUGGAAAGAGCCCCUGACUUUUCAGAAAAUGAGCUGAAAUCGAGAUGGGAAAACAUACUGGGCCCCGAUUAUGAAGUAAUGGUUGCUACUUUGGACACACAGAUUGCAGAUGAUGCUGAGUUACAGAAAUGUUCAAAGCUCCUGCCCAUUCACACUCUGAGGCUUGGCAUGGAAGUGGAUUCCUUUGAUGGGCAUCAUUAUAUCUCUUCGAUCGUUCCAGGUGGUCCUGUUGACACGCUGAGCCUCCUUCAGCCAGAGGAUGAGCUUCUUGAGUUCAAUGGUGUGCAGCUCUAUGGGAAAUCUCGCCGAGAAGCAGUCUCCUUUCUUAAGGAAGUGCCACCCCCCUUUACCUUGGUUUGCUGUCGACGGUUGUUUGAUGAUGAAGCCUCUGUAGAUGAGCCAAGGACCACGGCAGCCUCUCUCCCUGAGAUGGAGAGCCUCAAAAAUAUGAAGAUCUAUGACCAAUUUCAAAGUGAGUCUAAAAAUUGCUGUAAAAACCUUCAGAAGGCUGAUCACAAUGUAGAUGUCAACACUGAAGAAGAUGAUGAUGGGGAAUUAGCACUAUGGUCUCCUGAAGUCAAGAUUGUUGAACUAGUAAAAGAUCAUAAAGGCUUGGGAUUCAGCAUUUUGGAUUAUCAGGACCCCUUAGAUUCCACAAGAUCAGUGAUUGUGAUUCGUUCCCUGGUGGCCGAUGGCGUUGCGGAAAGAAGUGGAGAACUACUACCUGGAGACCGCCUGGUGUCGGUCAAUCAAUACUGUCUGGACAACACCAAACUUGCUGAUGCUGUGGAAGUGUUGAAAGCUGUGCCCCCAGGCACUGUCCGCCUUGGCAUCUGUAAGCCUUUGGGGGAAGAUGAUAAAGAGGAAGAAAGUCAUUAUCUUUUACAUUCAAACAUUAAUGAAGACAAGACUGAAAUUUCAGGAGCAAUUCAUGAUAUAAAUUCAUCUUUAAUACUUGAAGCACCCAAGGAAUUUAGAGAUGAACCCUAUUUUAAAGAAGAACUUGUGGAUGAGCCACUUCUAAAUUUGGGAAGAUCUUUCCAGUCCCAACAAAAAGAGAUAGACAAUAGCAAGGAGGCCUGGGAAAUGCAUGAAUUUCUGACUCCCAGAUUGCAGGAAAUGGGUGAAGAAAGAGAAAUGCUUGUUGAUGAAGAAUAUGAGCUCUAUCAAGAUUGCUUUCCGUCCAUGGAGUUGUAUCCCUCCUCACACAUUCAAGAGGCUGCUCCUGUUCCGUCCAUGAAGGAACUUCACUUUGGUACACAGUGGUUCUGUGAAAGUGAACCACCUGAGCCUCAAGAAGCAAGGUCCAUGAUGAGUGUAUAUUCCCCGGAGACACAACAGUAUGGCUACAGCACUGAAAACGUGAUGAAAGAAAAUUUUGGCAUCAAUUCCCAUCCCUCCAUAUCCUCAACUGAAGGAAACAGUCAACAACCCAGAUUCGAUGAUCUGGAAAAUCUUAAUUCGUUAACACAAAGCAGUCUGGAGUUAGGCAUGAUGAUUCCGAAUGAUGUCCAAGGUCCUGGCUUGCUUGUUGAACUGCCCGUUAUGGCUCAAAGAAGGCAGCAAGAAGAUCUGCCCUUAUACCAACUCCCCAGGACCCGAGUUGUUUCCAAGACCUCAGCACACACAGGAAUAUUGUCUUCUAGAUACACCGCUGAUGCAUAUGAGCUACCGGAGAGAGAAGAAGGUGAAGGGGAAGAAACUCCUAACUUCAGUCACUGGGGUCCACCAAGAAUUGUUGAGAUUUUUAGAGAACCCGAUGUGUCUCUUGGUAUUAGUAUUGUUGGUGGACAAACCGUUAUAAAACGCCUGAAGAAUGGAGAGGAGCUUAAAGGUAUAUUUAUCAAACAAGUUUUAGAAGAUAGUCCAGCAGGAAAGACAAACGCUCUUAAAACCGGAGAUAAAAUACUUGAGGUGUCUGGAGUGGAUUUGCAGAAUGCCUCACACAGCGAAGCAGUGGAGGCCAUUAAGAAUGCAGGAAACCCGGUGGUGUUCGUUGUUCAGAGCUUAUCAUCCACUCCACGAGCCAUUCCUGGUGUGCAUAACAAGGCCAACAAAAUUGCUAAUAACCAGAACCAAGGCACCCAAGAAAAAAGAGAAAAGAGGCAAGGAACUGCUCCGCCUCCGAUGAAACUGCCGCCUCCUUAUAAAGCUCCGUCUGAGGACAGUGAUGACAAUGAAGAGGAAUGUGCACUUACCAACAAAAAAAUCAGGCAAAGAUAUGCAGAUCUGCCAGGAGAAUUACACAUUAUUGAACUUGAAAAGGAUAAGAAUGGACUUGGACUCAGCCUUGCGGGCAAUAAGGACAGGUCACGCAUGAGCAUCUUUGUGGUGGGAAUUAACCCAGAAGGACCCGCUGCCACGGACGGACGGAUGCGUAUUGGAGAUGAACUAUUAGAGAUAAACAAUCAGAUUCUGUACGGAAGAAGUCACCAGAAUGCAUCUGCCAUUAUUAAGACUGCCCCAUCCAAGAUCAAACUGGUUUUCAUCAGAAAUGAAGAUGCGGUCAAUCAGAUGGCCGUUGCUCCCGUUCCGUUACCAUCAAGUUCCCCAUCUUUUAUUGAGGACCAGAGCAGCCCCGAACCUGUUAGUAGUGAGGAAGACGGAGUUGGUACUAAACAAGUGCCUGAAAGUGAAAGCUCCAAACUGGAAGAUGCGGUGGCAGAUCCUCAGAAGGCAAUGGAGUGCUCAACCGACAACGCUGUCAGCCAGAUGAAACAGCAAAAAUAUUCGACAAAAGCCUCCUUCAGUUCACAAGAGAUACCUUUAGCACCAGGUCCAUCAUACCAUUCAACAGAGGCAGUCUCCACGGGCUGUGGUGGUUUCCAGGCGCCUCUGUCAGUGGAUCCUGCCACGUGUCCCAUUGUCCCCGGCCAGGAGAUGAUCAUAGAAAUAUCCAAGGGACAUUCGGGGCUUGGCCUCAGCAUUGUGGGAGGAAGAGACACACCCUUGGAUGCUAUAGUUAUACAUGAAGUCUAUGAGGAAGGAGCAGCGGCCAGAGAUGGAAGACUUUGGGCUGGUGACCAGAUAUUAGAGGUUAAUGGGGUUGAUCUGAGGAACGCCAGCCACGAGGAAGCCAUCACGGCCCUGAGGCACACCCCCCAGAAGGUGCGACUGGUGGUGUACAGAGAUGAGACACACUACAGGGACGAGGAGAACCUGGAGUUUUUCCCUGUAGAUCUGCAGAAGAAGGCUGGCAGAGGACUGGGCCUGAGCAUCGUUGGGAAACGAAAUGGAAACGGAGUGUUUAUUUCUGACAUCGUGAAAGGUGGAGCCGCAGACCUUGACGGGAGAUUGAUUCGGGGAGAUCAGAUCUUAUCUGUGAAUGGGGAAGACAUGAGAAAUGCCUCACAGGAGACAGUGGCCACCGUCCUCAAGUGUGCGCAAGGGCUUGUGCAGCUGGAGAUUGGAAGACUCCGAGCUGGUUCCUGGGCUGCCUCAAGGAAGAUAUCACAGAACAGCCAGGGGAGUCAGCACAGCACACACAGCAGCUUCCACCCGGCCCUGGCUCCUGUCAUCUCCAGCCUGCAAAGCCUGGUUGGCACAAAGAAAGCUUCUGAUCCCUCCCCCAGAAAUUCAGGCACAGAUAUGGGACCACGGACCGUUGAAAUAAUCAGGGAGCCCAGUGAUGCCCUUGGAAUCAGUAUUGCUGGAGGAAAAGGCAGUCCCUUAGGAGAUAUCCCAAUAUUUAUUGCCAUGAUUCAGGCCAGCGGUGUGGCUGCGCGCACACAGAAGCUUAAAGUUGGAGAUCGGAUUGUCAGCAUCAAUGGGCAACCCUUGGAUGGGCUGUCUCACGCGGACGUGGUUAAUCUGCUGAAGAACGCCUAUGGGCGCAUUAUCCUGCAGGUUGUAGCAGAUACCAAUAUAAGCGCCAUAGCAACUCAGCUUGAAAACUUGUCUACUGGCUACCACCUUGGUUCACCCACUGCUGACCACCACCCGGAAGACACAGACAUGCAUUGUGUUUUCAGAACACCUCCACCUAAGAUUAUUACUUUGGAGAAAGGCUCUGAAGGAUUGGGGUUUAGUAUUGUAGGGGGUUAUGGAAGUCCCCAUGGAGACCUGCCAAUUUAUGUCAAGACUAUAUUUGCAAAGGGAGCAGCUGCAGAUGACGGCCGAUUGAAGCGAGGUGAUCAAAUUUUAGCUGUUAAUGGCGAGACCCUAGAAGGUGUCACUCAUGAGCAAGCUGUGGCCAUUCUAAAACGCCAGAGAGGGGCUGUAAUCCUAACCGUGCUGUCAUGAGCCUCAGGUCCUGAUCACAAGCUAGAUGUAGAGCACCCACAGGAAGAUGAAGCUAUGAGAGGAUGAGAAGCAACUUCAACUAAAACCCACCUUCACCGAUUCUUACUGUCUCGUCCUCUCUGCUCAGGAGAGACGGCUGAGAUUCACGUGGAUUUCCCACAUCAACAGUCAUCUCCCUAGUGCUUCCCAGCAUCUGUCUCCUCUUGGUGAAGUUGAAUGAGUCUUAUCUGCUUUGCAUUUAACAUCGAUGUUCAUCAACUAGUAGUAACUGGUUCUGAUUAUAUUUGCUGAAACUGAAGUUAACAACCACUCGUUCUGUAUGCCCUGCUCUCCCCAUCCCUACUCAAACAGAAGCUUAACAGUGACCUCAGAUCUCGUCUGGUGAACAGAAACAAAUGUUAAGCAACUGUCAUCUCACUCCUGAUUUACUUAUGCUAAUUGUCUCUUCCAGUAUGCCAGAAAACAUUAGCCGUGUAAUUAAUUUACCAGUGAUCCCCAGGAUGAAAUACCAACUUCUCCUAUGGAAAAUUACUGUGCUCUCUUCUGUACGACUUACAGUCAAAUAAGUCUCACACUCAUUUCUUGGGAUGGAUCUUUAUACAUUAGUCAUUGGUGAUUAUGAUGAGUCAGUUUGCAGACUGUAAUCUGAAAACUCUGAAAGGCUUUUGAAUUAUUUUCUUAGUUACAAAAAUGCUGACCUAGCAAAAGCACCUAUUCUCAACAGGAACAAUUAGCAUCCAUGUUCUGAAUUCUAACAAUGCUAAAUUAUGUUCAAGUCUGGGAAGUCCAUCUGGAGGUAAUGGCAUCUCAGUAUCAUUCCCACCCCUUGGUCUUCAGACGGGGGUGGAAACCCCCAAAACCACACUGCAGAGAUCAGCAAGUUUUGCCUCAAGUUAGACGAGGUCCAGGUGACCUUGGCCUUCUGGAACAUGGAGUGACAAAUCUAAGUAUCCUUCCCCUUGGCUCCAUACUGGUCAGUCUAGCAGCACAGAUUGUAGGAACACAAUGUACAUAGCCACAAAGUGACGGAGCAAAUAAACUGAGCCUAGGAAUCAGUGAUGGCUCCUUGGCUAAUGCCUCCUGGUCCCCAGGGAGCCGCCAUUUGCUGUAGUUUUGCAUUUUAAGAAAGUAACUACAGCAGAAAAUGCAAGCAUACCUUUAAGAGUGAUUAGGGACAUUCUUAUUCAGGUAUUAGCAGGGAAAAAAAUGGGGAGAUGCUUAUCAGUGAUUGUUUUAGGUUCUUCUGUUAAAAAAAAAAAAUGCACCAUGAGGAUGAGUACGGGCAUCACUAAUGGAAGUAGUUGGCAUUAUUUAACUAAAACACAAUGCUGCAAGUGAUUAUCAAAAUGUAAACAUUACCUUUCUAAUUUAAAAUGUUAUUUAAUACAUAUAGGUUUUAAUUGAGAAUAUCUUUGAGUAAAUAUAAUCACAAAGUGCAUUAACUCUCAGUGGAAUAUUUUGUGGCUAUUCCAAAGUCUAGAGUGCCUAAAUUUUAUGUUGAAAAUGUGUUUCAUGAUUGGUAUUAAAUUUUCUGAAAUUGCACAUGGCUUUUGAAAUUUCUAAUGUAUCCAAGAUAUGCAAUAUUGUUAGGAUCCUGUCUUUCAAUGCAUGCAAAGCUAUCAACCUCUGGACAUUCUACGUUAAUUGUAUCUGCAAGAACAGCUCAGGCAUCCAAGAAGAAAUGACGCCCAAUAAAACUUGAAAAUGCACCUUAAAACAAUAUAUACAUAUAUAUAUACUUUUGAAAUGUGAUUCUGCUUGAUUUUGAUGGAAUGGCCAUUAAAUACACAUUUUGAAGUAAUA